ACAUGACCACCCCCGUACACGUCUUUCUCUAAGAAACCACCACUUGCAUUUCUUGCUUCUUAGCACAAAGUUUCGUCCUCAUCUUUUUAGUGGUCGUUGUAGGUAUAUUUUGUAAUUUCUCCACGACGCGGGAUUCUUUCUCUCGGGAUAGAUACUGUUUCUUGCCCAAAGGUGGGUGCCUUACAGUCCAGAAGGGAAGUUCAGCUGGAUGCGAGGGAACAGGCAGUUCUGACUGUCGCUGUCAAGAUGCACUAGCUGUUGGAAAAAACUGAGGAAAUAAUCCGAAUGAACUCUGAAGUGCGGGUGCGCGGAAUGAUGCGGGUUCAUCGCCGAAAAGAAUUAAACACAUGGUGUAUUAUACUGUGUUCGACAGUAUUCUUUCUUCUGACGUCUGAGGUGGAAGCAGGGGGUAAGAAGUUCAGUGGACCAUGCGGGGGCAGAGACUGCAGUGGGGGCUGUAAAUGUUUCCCGGAGAAGGGGGCAAGGGGCCGGCCAGGGCCAUUUGGCCCCCAGGGACCCCAGGGCCCUGCAGGACACCCCGGGGUGGAGGGAAUUCCGGGUCCCAAGGGACACAAGGGUGAUCAAGGACCCCCUGGCAUUAUUGGACCCAAAGGAAGAGUGGGGAAGGAAGGCGUACCAGGAUACACAGGAGCGGAUGGCAUUCCGGGUCACCCAGGACAGCCAGGGUCUCGGGGGAAACCAGGCGCCGAUGGCUGCAAUGGAACCAGGGGUGACAGUGGGUUUCCGGGACCAUCAGGCUCGAUGGGUUAUUCCGGUAUCUCGGGUGAAGCUGGCAGGAAGGGAGAGAAAGGAGACCCCUUAGACGUCACGGUGUAUAUGAGACGUUUUCGGGGCGAUCCCGGCCCUCCCGGUUCCACAGGCUCAAUGGGUCCUGACGGCUACCCUGGUGCCGGCGGGCCCAUUGGACCCAUCGGGCCGAAGGGCCCCAGUGGAGUCCCUGGCCACAAAGGAUUAAAGGGCUCCACUCCAUAUAUAUCAAGGGAAAUGUUGAGGGGAGCCAAAGGAGAUCAGGGUGAGAUUGGCGAACCAGGGUUGCCCGGGAAUGGCACUCAUCAGCAUAUCGGACCAAACGGCAGUUUACCAGGUGAAAAGGGACAAAAGGGGAUGAGAGGUGAUAAAGGCGACAAUGCUGAUAACAGAGGAGAAACCGGAGUGAUGGGAUUUCCUGGCCAGCGGGGACCUUCGGGCUUGGAUGGGGAACCCGGAGCACCGGGACAUGUCGGAUUUCCUGGUUUAAAUGGAAGAAAUGGAGCCAAGGGUCAGAGGGGAGACCCUGGUGACGUGAUAGAUUAUGGGACUGCUUUAGUGGGGCCCCCAGGCCCUCAGGGUGAGAUGGGCCCUCAGGGUGAGACCGGGGAACGCGGAGAGAAGGGUCUGCCAGGUCCUUCCGGACCUCCACCCAAGCCCAGCAGUGGCUUAUUUGUUGGCCACCCUGGGCAGAAGGGACAGAAAGGCAUCAAAGGACCUGUUGGCCUUCCCGGAGCCCCUGCCCAGAUCGCUGGAUCUCCUGGUGAUGAUGGUCAUCCUGGCCUUCCUGGAGCCCCCGGUCCUAAAGGGUCUUGGGAAAUUCAGUUUAAAGGUUUACUAGGUGAAACUGGGCGUCCAGGACUUGCUGGAUUGAAAGGUCCUAAAGGAGACCCGGGGCCCUGCCAGUGCAGUACUGUGGAGUCCCCACCCGGCCGUGCGGGCCCACCUGGGCCAGCCGGCACACAUGGCGUCCGAGGCGAGUGGGGCCAACCAGGAGACAGAGGCCAGGCCGGACCACUGGGUGAAGACGGAUUGCCGGGUUUCCCAGGUCAAGCAGGGUCUCCGGGUCCCAAGGGCCGCAAAGGAGAGCAGAGGGAAGCCACCGAAAAAGGACCUCAGGGUGACCCAGGGGACCCUGGUGUAGGAGGGGACACCGGAAACCCAGGUGAACCUGGACCUAGUGGAUUUUCUGGAAUUCAUGGCAUGCAAGGUCCUCCUGGCGACAGGCCCGCUGGACCUCCUGGAGAGAAGGGAGUGAAGGGUUCUCCCGGCCUUCCAGGGCCCCAUGGGGAUCCAGGGAACCCCGGCAUAGUUCUGGGUGCAGAACAGGGGCUGCCAGGUCCUCCUGGUGAUUCGGGGUCUGAUGGCCAAGCAGGACCCCCUGGCCCCAAAGGCCUUCCGGGAGGCUGUGAUCUGGAACAUGGUGGUGACAUGAACGCUGCAGGAGAGUGCAUUGCUCUGCCAGGGCCUCCGGGUGAACGGGGCCUUCCUGGACCUCCAGGCAUCGAUGGUCACCCAGGUUCGCCUGGUCGUGAAGGGAUACCAGGACUGCCUGGGGAGGAAGGUCUCAAAGGUGAGAGAGGAGAUCCAGGAGGAGGGGUGCCAGGCCGCCCAGGUUUUACGGGCCCCCGUGGGGAUGGGGGUAAACCAGGUGACCGGGGCCAGCCAGGGACACCCGGUAUUCCAGGAAGACCAGGCAAACGUGGGGAUGCUGGACUGAAGGGUGACCAUGGGGAGGUUCUGGACGCACUACCUGGGCCAUCUGGAGAAUCAGGACCUCCAGGACUUCAAGGUCUGAAGGGCAUCUCUGGGGAUCCUGGCCAACAUGGCUAUCCAGGAAUGUCUGGAAUGCCUGGUAUCGUUGGUUUCAAGGGUGAGAUGGGUCCUCACGGUCUGCAAGGGGAAGAAGGAAAAGCAGGCCCACCAGGAAUAUUUGGCUACCCUGGGGCAACAGGACUGAGAGGGCCUUCAGGCCCUCAGGGGGCACUUGGUGAACCCGGUAUCCCUGGAGUUAAAGGGCUUCAGGGUGAUUCAGGACCUCCCGGUCCAGUGGGAAUGAAGGGGUUCCCAGGAGACCCAGGUGACACUGGUCUAAUAGGCAGCGAUGGGUCUCCUGGAGAUCCAGGGGGAGAAGGCGAGUUCGGCUUCAGUGGUAUGCCUGGAAUGAAAGGUUAUAAAGGCUCAUUAGGCCUGCAAGGCUUCACUGGAGAGCAGGGCCUCAAAGGUCUAAAGGGUCAUCCUGGUCUGAAAGGCGAGACUGGUUUCAUAGGUACUCCAGGGCAGAGAGGUGUCACCGGGCAAAGAGGCGAAAAGGGUGAGAGGGGGUUGGUCGGACCUCCGGGUGAAAAACCAACAAUCCCAAUAGUCAUGAAGCUAGAGAUGAAGGGGGUUAAGGGCGAUCCUGGGAAAGAAGGAGUGAAAGGAUUCGUAGGGCCCAGAGGUACCAAGGGUAUGCCGGGCGUGCCAGGUGUCGCUGGCUUGGAUGGCUUGCCUGGAGAGCCCAGCCUGGAGAAAGGUACCCAGGGCAGUCCUGGGUCGCAGGGCCUGAUAGGGAUCAAGGGGAUGCCAGGCCCCACUGGAAACCAAGGCGUUGAGGGGUUUUCUGGCUUGCCUGGGAGCAAGGGUGACAAGGGAUCAAUAGGAGCCUACGGACGUAUUGGGGAAUCGGGCUUGAAGGGGGGCAAAGGUGAAGAAGGCCCGAUCAUCAACCUGCCAGGUUCCACGGGACUGAGAGGUGAAGAUGGUAUACCUGGAGACCAUGGUCUUGGGGGACGUCCCGGUCAGCCCGGUGACCACGGCAGCUCAGGGUUCGAUGGCAUUGAGGGUAUGAAAGGAGAACCAGGGCUGCUGGGGUCACAAGGCCACCUAGGCUCUAAGGGAAUGAAUGGCUUCCCCGGCAGUCCGGGCCAGAAGGGCUGGCCGGGGAUCCCGGGCGAGUCGGGCACUGAUGGUGCACCAGGUCUUCCAGGACAAACAGGUUUUCCUGGUCUCAAGGGUAUUUUUGGCCUGCAUGGGUUGAAAGGUCAAAAGGGCACCAAAGGACUGCCAGGCUUGGAUAUCUGGGGACCUGAAGGUGAAUCCGGAGUGAAGGGAACUAAAGGAGGGUUUGGAAUCCCAAGUCCUUUUGGUGGCUUGCCGGGGUCAAGUGGCAACGUCGGCCUUCCUGGAGAUCCUGGUGUUCUAGGCUUACCUGGACUGCCAGGGCCUCCAGGUCUACCAGGACCACAGGGAAGCCGAGACAAGAAGGGCUCACUUGGAGACCAUGGAUUUCCUGGAGCAAAAGGAGCUAAAGGUUACCCUGGGGCACAGGGUCCCCCCGGGGUCCCAUCUUCAAAGGGGGAAAAGGGGGACAGGGGUCUCCCUGGAACCUUCGGAGAACAAGGGGAGAAGGGUGAUUAUGGAGAUAAAGGGCAUCCAGGGGUCAAAGGGCAAGAUGGACCCUCGGGACUGAAAGGUGAAAGUGGAGAGCAAGGAGAGAUGGGGACUCCUGGGCGAUUUGGCGUCCAUGGAGAAUUGGGUCCUGUCGGUCCCAAGGGAGACACUGGACCUCCAGGUUUUCCUGGGGAGACUGGCUCUCAGGGUCCUGCCCCCCUCCCUGUCAAGCAGAUCGGUGAGAGGGGCCCCAUGGGCUCUCAUGGUAUCCAGGGCCCAAGAGGAAGGGCUGGAGAGAAUGGCCCCCAUGGUCCCCCCGGUGACCCAGGGUACGUUGGACAAAAGGGACAGAAGGGCAUGCCAGGAGUGAGUGGCAAACCAGGGACACCGGGUUACCGUGGCGAUCAAGGACUAGUUGGGCACCCUGGUCUGCAGGGCCUUGAAGGCGAACGAGGCCAGCCGGGCUUCCCGGGGUCCCCAGGGAUGCCAGGGCGCAGUGUGAACGUGGGAUACCUGCUGGUGAAGCACAGCCAGUCCGAUCAGACGCCCAUGUGCCCGAUUGGCAUGGCCAAGCUGUGGGAGGGGUACAGUCUGCUUUACUUCGAGGGCCAGGAGAAAGCCCACAACCAGGACCUGGGCCUGGCUGGGUCUUGCCUCCCGCGUUUCAACACGAUGCCGUUUCUGUACUGCAACCCCGGGGACCUCUGUUACUACGCCAGCCGCAAUGACAAGUCCUACUGGCUCUCUACCACCGCCCCCAUCCCCAUGAUGCCUGUGGAGGAGGAGGAGAUCAAACCGUACAUCAGCCGCUGCUCGGUGUGUGAGGCACCAUCGGUGGCCAUCGCCAUCCACAGCCAGGACAUCACCAUCCCCAUGUGCCCACAUGGCUGGCGCAGUCUCUGGAUCGGCUACUCUUUCCUCAUGCACACGGCGGCGGGCGGCGAAGGAGGCGGUCAGUCGCUGGUAUCCCCCGGCUCCUGUUUGGAGGACUUCCGCACCACGCCCUUCAUCGAGUGCAACGGGGCCAAGGGGACUUGCCACUACUUCGCCAACAAGCAAAGCUUCUGGCUGACGUCCAUCGAGCAGAAUUUUCACAGUAAGCCAGAGUCCGAGACACUGAAGGCAGGUCAGCUCCUGUCCAGGAUCAGCCGCUGCCAGGUAUGCAUGAAGAACCUGUGAAGCCCUAGACCCCAAACCCUGCCCCCCCCCCGACUUCUUUGGAUCUGCAAAAAAAACAAGACGAAGAAGUGAACAGGACAAAGAAAACACCGAAUCCUGAGAAAGGCGGCUCCUGAACUCACUUCAUGCUUGAAAUGGUGCUUAAGUUAUUACCUCAGUCAUGUGUUUAAAGGUUUCAUCCGUAGCUAAAGAACAUACAGCCAGACCAAAGAUUGAUGCACUGCUUCUUUUAACCAGUCCUUCAAUUGUUAGCUUGGAACAGAACUUAGCACUUCUGCAGAACCACUAACACUCUUCAUCUGGCAAAUGGAACAAAUGACAGAUGUUUGCAGAUGUGAUGAUUCAGUUUCCUUCCAUAAUAGUAGGCUUAUUUUGCCAUAACAAUCCUUUAACACGUUUUUCAUUCCAACACGAAGCCUCCCCAUCAACUUUUUAUGAAGCUAUAUUAGUUUGUGAUGUCUGCAUUAAAUCUGUAUUUAAAUAACUAACACAGUCUGUCCAAAAAUGCACUGAAACCAUUUUUAAAGCUCUGUCCACUCAAUUUUUCCAUUUUCACUAUUAUGGAACCGUACAUACAUGUAAAAUGAAGACUGCGGGAUUCAAAACAUGAAUGCUAAAACUUGAAGAGUUGUGUGCAGUCUAACAGUACAAGCAACAUUUUAAUCAUUCAUUGUAUAUGUGCCGUUACAAUGUUUCAUAAAGUAUUUGAUGUAAUUAAGAAGUUGUUGGUUCAUCUUCAAGAUGAAUUGCUAAAUACAUUUUCUUAAAAAAGUCAA